AUGAUGCAAGUUCUAAUGAGGAGGGAGAAGAUACAAGUGGGCUGAGCAUAGAAUUAAACAAAAGGGAAUGAGUAUUGACAUGUAUUUUAAGGUGCAUGGGAUUAAUUUCAAAGACGAGGAAUAUGAGGAAGAUGAUGCAGAUGAGGAAGAUGAGGAAGAUGCUGCAAAUAUUGAGGGUAGUGGAGGACAAGCUAGUAAUGAAGGCACUAAAAAGAAAACUCGUGACAAGACCUUAUGCAAAAAACUUCAUGCCACUGAUUUUAAUGAUCGACGGGAGGUGGAGUUUUUACAAGGGCAGCCUAUUGGUCCAACCAAGGAGGUCGUAGCUAACCUAGGCCAAUUUUUGGGUUCAACAGUUAGAAAUCUCCGUUUUGUGACUUUGCUAUACACUAGUUGGCAUGGUGUGCCUGAUACUCUCAAGGAGGGCAUGUGGGAGUACGCCAACCAAAAGUUUAUUCUUCCAAUAAGUUCAAAGCCGUGGGUCAUGCGGGGAUUUUGUCGUGCAUGGAAAAAAUACAAGGGUGAAAUUAAAAAAGAACAUUUCUUAAAGUACAACACAAAGAAAGAAAUGAUAAAGAACCGACCAUUAGAGAUUCCUGAAUUUCAGUUUCGCAAGCUAAUUCGAUAUUGGAGUCUUCCCGCUAUCAAGGCUAUGUCUGUUAAGAAUACUGAAAAUAGGUCAAAGCAAACAUGUCCUCACCGAAUGGGUUCCAUAAAUUUUGCAAUAGUGCGCAAGCAGCUGCGUGACUCUAAAGAGAACAAUGAAGAGCUAUCAAGGGCUGAAGUUUUCACAGCAACACGCACAAGUAAAAAUGGAAAAGAAAUUGAUGCUAAAACACAAACAACAAUUGUGAGUUGUUUUGUAUUUGUAUUUGGAUUUGUAUAAUUUGAAUGCUAGAUAGAUUUGUAUUUAUAUUAAGUUAAUGUGACUUUGUAUUUUUUUUGUUGUUACUUUUGGUAGAAUGAACUUCAAAGCCACAUAGAGGCAGGGGAAAAUCAUGAAGAUGCAUUUGUAGUAGUGCUAGGAAAGGACCAACCAGGUCGACUUCGUUGUUAUGGGACUUCAAUUACAAGAAGCUUUCUUAGAAAGGAUGAAAAGAUUCGCCAAGUGAAGGUUGAAUACAAUGAUAAGGUGCAUUCAUUAGAAAAGAAGAUGGACGGUGUUUGUGGUCUAUUGAAGGUGAUGUUGUACCAACCCAAUCCUGGAAUGAGUGAGGAAGAGGUAGUAGCCUUAGUGCAAGCAGCCCAAAAUUCUCCUUUGGAUGCCUCAAGUAGUAGACCAAGAAAUACUCCCCACUCCUCCGAAGUAACUCACAUUCCACCAACUGAUAAUGGCAGUGAUAAAAACAAUGGAGCUCAUAAUGGAUGAUCACACUACUCAUGAAAUUUGAUAUUUUGUAACUAAGUAUAUAAAAGAAGUAGAUAUGUGACACUUGUUGGAAUGACAAUUCUUAUUUACUUGUUAUGACUUUUCUUUUUAGUACUUUGUCAUCAAAACCUACUUUUAUGGUGACAAUUUUAUAUGUAUGUCUUUUUUAUGGGAAAGUUUA